AUUUGCACUUUGGCGCUUCAAUACGCGAUGUUUGUGGAUAUUUCAAUAUUGUGAAGCAUCAUUCGUGAGUCAAGGAACAUGGAUUACUCUACAGAAGAACAACAAAUGGAAGUUGAAGCUCUGAAAUCAAUCUACGGGGAACAGUUUACUACAGGAGGAGGAAGCGCAGAUAAUCAACCUGUCUUCUAUGAAGUGAAAGUUAAGCAAGAAAACACCAAGAUUAGCCUUAUUUUUACAAUCCCAGGUAUUAUUCUUCAUUUUUGUUAUCAACCUCCUUAAACUGUAUAAUUCUUCAUUUCAUACUCAGCGAUAUUUAAUUAAUUUGCUAAACUUUUUAUCCCAAAUAAUCUCAAAAUCAUAAAGUUUGAACCUCCCCAAAUCCUUUCAUUAUCCCCGUCACUUUGAAACGCUAAGAUUUCCCUGACCUUUCAAGCCUUUAAUUAAGUACGCUGGUGAUUCAUGAUUUUUUAGGGAUGAACCACGGGGUGCAGGAAAUCUCACAGACCCAAGUAAGGAAAAAAAUUAUUGCAGAGGGAGAAAUCCCCUUCUGUUCUUUUGAUAUUAUUAAACCCACACGUUUCUGGGAAUUUUGCCCAAGAAUUGCCUUUGGAAGCGAGUCAGGCUGUUUUCUGGUCAUUGUUUGGCUUUAAUGAGCAAAAACUGCCGAAAACACCGUUGAUAAGUCCAGUACUCUGUGGUCUUCCUUUUUCAGAUGCAAAAUAUUCAUGCAUGUGCAGAAAGCAAAAUUUUGAGGUAGUUUUAGGGUUUAAAAGUGACAAGAGGCCAAAAUUUCCCAAAACGCUGUUUGUUAGGUGAGCAAUCUGUGGCCCUCUUUUCCAGAUGCAAAAUAUCAGCUUCCAAAAAUUUGGGCAUGCGCAGAAGGCAAAUUUUUAGGUUUAACAGUGACACAGCAGUCUUGAUUUGUACUUUUCACUUUCUCUCCUCCCCUCUUCUUUUGCUUUCCUUGCCUCCAUUAAAACUGAUUUGGUCACAAGGAGUGGAAGGGAAAUAGAUCUGUUUCAAACGUUGCAUUUCACAUGUGCUAAAUUUGAUGCUAAUAAAGAAAGUUAACAAUGUUCUUACUCAUUUGCAAAUAAGAUAAAAUUUUCGGAAAAAUUCCUCAGUAUUUACUCAAAACUUACAUGCAAGGAAUUUUGAUCAGGAUAAAAACAGCUGUAGGAAACAGUUUUCGGUUCCAUUGUUUUUCAAACAUGGUAAUGGUUCAGUAUGAGAAGCUACUGUUACUGUGAAAUCCUAGGGCUUGCAUGUAGCUGGGACUGAACCUGAUAUUUGAUAUCUGGUCAAGAUUUGGAUCAGAGAGGCAUAAUGAGUGCAUUGUUUUAGUUGACAUAAACCAUGUACAAUAUUUCGUGUUUGCUGUAGUCAAUUUGUUGAUAUUCAAUAUUAAAUUUUUUAUUAUUGUAUAUUAUUCAAGAGAAAUAUCCAGAGGUACCUCCAUCCAUCAGCAUAACACAAGGUGGUCAACCAGUUUAUACAGAACUUGAGUCUCUGCUUUACAGCAGUGCGGAGGGACAGAAAGGGGAGGUUAUGAUUUACAAUCUUGUAGAAGAAGCUACAUCCUGGAUACAGAAGCAAAAAGUCACUGAACUUAACCCUUCACAAGCAGAGGAAAGCCCAUCAGAAAAUGUAGAAAACACCUGCAAAUUUUUCUUGGAAGGAAAAUGUAGAUUUGGAAGCAAGUGCCGUAACAAACAUGAGGGGACAAGAAGUUCUAAGACUGAAAAAGUAGAUGAAUCACUGCACUCACAAAUCACAUGUGAAAACACUGCAAAAUUAUUAACAACAACUGAUAAAGAAAAAACGUCUCACAUAGCAUUAACAUCAUCUGAAAGGUCAGUGAACAGAAAUAUCCAGAAGGAGUCUUGCCCCUCUAAAAAGAAACCUCCAAUGAAAACAGCCAGUGAUGUCAUAUCAAGAAUUAUUUGGGAUGAUGAGCUGCAGCCAAAAGACUUCGUGGUUGGUUACCUAGAUCGUUUCACUGGAAUCAUGGAAAAAGGUUUCGGAGAGUUCUCAUGGGAAGACCUUGCUUCAGUUGAUCAUUUUGUUGAUCUUGCCAUACCUCGACACAGAAUCCAGUACUUUAAGUACCUUGGAGAAAUAGUGUGGGACAAAAGGGAACGUAUUGAUAAAGUCUUUGGCUCUACAGGAAGCAAAGAGACUAUUUUAGAUGUGAAAGAGAGAUUCAGAGGAUCGACCACAAAUGAAGAUAAUAGUAGUUUUAACGAUGUGAACGAGUUUUCUGAAGCAGAUGAAUCAAGUUACACUGUGCCUGUUCUCCCCAAACAACUUCGUGAGGAAAAAGGUCCAAAUUAUUUCAUUGCUGUACAGAUUUCAGACUCUGAGGUUAUCAACAGCAUUACUAAGGUAGGUAAACAGAUAGUCUGUUAUUACUGUGCAUUAGUUGCUAAAUAAUGAUAUUAUUAAACCCCUUCCAUCAGCUGGUAGGGUAGGUAAUGGUUGUGGCUAGGGAAUGUCUGAGGAAUCCAGUAGGGAGGAUUAACAGGGUGAAAACAUUUUGCUGUGAAUCUUACUUUACUUAUGGCUGUUGAAAUCUCCUGUGUCUUUUAUUCAUUGUUUUAAUAUACUUACCUAGAAAUGUAUUGCUGUGUUAUUGCCUUAAUUGCAGUUUUCCUGUUCUUUGUAUAAACCUCAAAAUGCACCAGAUUGCAUCUCCAGGCCCUAUUUUAAAAAAAAAUUCAGGCAGAGCAUACCUCCAGACCUCCCUAGGGGGUUGCACCCUUUCAGUGCUGGAUUGCCUGAUGCUACUUUAUUUGGCAGCUAGCUACUCAAAAAAUACUGGAGAACACUGUCUGUAAGACUUUAAGGUCCAAACAUUUUUGUCUGUGGUGGAGUAUUCUGUUAAAAAUCUUUGAGUUUAUCUACCACUUGAUCUGUGUUUCAAAGCAAAGUAUUCAAGAUUAUUUUUUUCAACCCAGGCAAAAUACAUGUAAUCUGGCAACAGGCAGUUUUGCCUUUUCUGGUGCAAUAGUUGCCACCUACUCAACACUUAUUUUUAGUAAUACUAAACAAAAACCACACAAAUUAAUGUGCACCUUUGCUAAAUCUCUGGAGAACACUGUCUGUAAGACUUUAAUGUCCAAACAUUUUUGUCUGUGGUGGAGUAUUCUCUUAAAAAUCUUUGAGUUUAUCUAUCACUUGAUCUGUGUUUCAAAGCAAAGUAUUCAAAAUUUUUUUAGCCCAGGGAAAAUACAUGUAAUCUGGCAGCGGGCAAUUUUGCCAUUUCUGGUGUAAUAGUUGCCACCUACUCAACACUUAUUUUUAGUAAUACUAAACAUAAACCACACAAAUGUGCACCUUUGCCACCUUUUGUCUGUGGUUAUCUUGCCCACUUUUGUAAAACAUUUUGACUGCCUGGGCUAAUUUGUUGAAAUGGGGUUUUAUAUUUAAAAUACACAAAACUUCCAAACAUGGGCAAUGAAAUAAUAGUAAUAAUUCAGUUAACAAUAUUGAUAGUUUUGAUAAUUUUAUUAGUAGUAUUUUAUCAAAUAUUAUUAUUAUUAUUAAAUAAAAGAAGAUCAGUGCAGUCACUGACUCGUCCUCAGUCAUCUUGCACUAUCUCUUCUUCACUCCGUAGUUCCUUAAAUAUGAUUUUCCUUUUCUUCAUUAAAUUAUUAUCAAUGAUACAGUCUAAGCUCCAUGUGUGACCACCUCUCAUAAGCGACUGUCUCCCAUAAGUGAUUGCCAAUCCAAAACAACAAAAUUUUCCCAGUCAAAGCCUUACAGUAGCUGGAACCUCUAGUAAACAACCACCUCUUGUAAGCGACCGCGACCACUUUUUGGGCUUGAUGGUUAAUGAUUUUCCAUUGUUUUUAACCUCUUGUAAGCGACCACUUGAUGCAUUCUCUGAUCUCUAUUUUCGCUGGGUGCACUAUGUUACUUAGAAUAAUACCAAGAAGUUUAGUGACAAUAUGGAACUACACAUAUCCUGACUUAGACAAUUUCAUGCAAUAAAUUAUCUCCCAUAAAGGAGAUGUGCCUGGACCUCUUUUCGGAAGAAACACCCUGUGUUUCGAUUCUUGUAAACAACCACCUCCUGUAAGCGACCACCUGUCUUUGCAUUUUUGUUGGUCGCUUACAGGAGGUUCGACUGUAUCAUUAUUGAGGCCUGGAUGGCACAUCUUUACAUACCAGUACCUAAGUCCCCAGCACAACCACCACUCCUGCUGUUUGGCAGUCACAGUCACAGCCAUCCUGGUCUAGUUAUUCAAUAGUGACUGUGAUACCGUAAAUCCUCUAUUAAAUCCCCAGGGGUCUUGUUUAUUUCAAACACAUUGGGGGCUUAAUAGAGACAGGGGCUUAUUUUAGAAGGUUGGCUUAUUUACUGUAAUUUAGCGAACAUGGUGGUGUCAGAUAUCUGUAAAUAAGUAAAAGCUCAAGUACAAGAAGUAGAAGGUCAUGCAGCUGAGGAUCAAAAACCAAUCCAAGUUUACACGGUCUUUCAUUUAUUAGUGAAGAAUAACAAGGGGGAGGGGAGGGGUGCAUAUUACAGAGGGGGUGGCCUAUUUGACAGAGGGGUCUUAAUAGAGGAUUUCAGGUAGUUAUGUAGUAGUACAUAUGAUAAAGUUAGCACAGCAUGCAAGUGCAGGGCAACUUGCUUCCUGCAACGCGUUUUCGGGGCCAGCGUAACAUCACCUUCCCAGGGUUCGCACAGAGUCUUGAAUUAUUGAAAAAGUCUUGAAAUUUGCCCAGCAAUUUUUCAGACUUGGAAAAAGUUUGGAUGAAGUUCUGGAAAAAUGGUGAAAGGUCUUGAGAUUUGUUUUUCAACGCUACAACAGGUGCUCAGUAAGUGAAUUUUUUCAUCGUUUUGGUCAAAUCGUAUUUAAUCUCGCUCAUACGUUUGCAGCGCGUCAUGAAAAAAGAAUGGUUCCUGUGUUUUUUAAGGUCUCUGUUGAUCAACUAUUUGAUAACCUUGAGUCUGGAAAAAAAAUUAUUGUUCUGGAAAAACUUCUGGAAAAAGUCUUGAAUUUUGGAUCCAAAAAACAAUCUGUACGAACCUUGCCCCCUGGUAGCUUGUGUACAGACCCCCUCCCCUCAGGAAAAAUCGGGGCGGGGGGGGGUAUGUACACAGGCUACUCCCUGAGCAGUUUUCUUCCCUAAAAUAGUUGACUUCUCAUAGUCUAAGAAAAACUGAUUUUUUGGUGACAGAUCCAAAAUAUGAUCCAACCAGAAAUAGCACCUGAAGGGCAGUUCAAGUUAAUUCCAAGCCAAAGACUGCAUCUUACAUUGCUAAUGUUGACUUUGGAGAGUGAAGAUGAUGUUACAACUGCCAAAAGUAUCCUCAAGUCAGUACAGCCCGUACUGGUGUCCAUUCUUCCCCUGAGCCACAAACUGCGAUUUAAUGGCCUUGGACAGUUCGAUGGUAGAGUUUUAUACGCCAGUUUGGAGCCUGAGGAAGGAUUGUUCAAACUUGUGCAAUUCUUGAAGUUGAAGUUCAGCAGGGCUGGGAUAGGUUUGGAAGGAAACAGAAGUGAUUUUGUUCCACACGUGACAGUCAUGAAAGGAACUUGUAAUGAUUUUCUGGUCAGUGAUGAAAUUCAGAAAAAACUGUCAAAUUUAGUCAAAGCCAGCCAUGAAAUUGGAGAGCAAAGUGUGCAUUCUCUCGUUCUCUUCUCGAGAUUUCUUCCAAGGGAUGUUGAUGGUUCUUACCAUAAAAUAUUAGCUGUAGAAAACUCCCUGAAGUCUCUCUCUUCUACCCUGCCCAAAAAACUUCUUCAGCGCUUAAACUAUUUAUUCGAAAGGGGCCAACUCUGUGAUGAUGAGAGAAACGAAAUUCAAGAGCUCAUUCAAUCGGUAGGUGCCACAAAUGUAGAAAGGGGGUUUCGAAGAUUAACCGAACUAAACAAUCAAUCUGAGAAUAAAAUAGUUUUGAUAAUGAGAGGUAUUCCGGGAAGUGGAAAAACACAUCUUGUUGAGAAUUCAGUGGAAGCUGUUGGAGAUCGCCAAGGAUUUGUCUGUUGCAGUGCCAGGCAGUUGUUCCACAAGGCUGGUGGUUCUCCCCUUGAUGCUGCUGAACUAAAUAUAGCUGAGGCUUACUGUCGAUCUUGUUUUAUGGAUGCCAUGGUUACGGAUCGUCAUUUUGUUGUUGUGGAUGGUGUCCAUAGCAACUGUCAGCAGUAUGCUGUGUUCAAGUACCUCGCAGCCGCUUUUGGUUUCACUUGUCACGUGCUUGAGAUAAGGGUUACCAGCCCCGAGGAUAUCAAAACAUGUCUCCAAAGUGCUGCUUCCGGAAUACAAAUGGAAGAACUUCUUGAUGAUGUGCAAGACUGGGAAGAUGAUCCUGGUGCAGUUGUGAUUGAGCCAUGGUUUAAGAACUGUGAUGUUUCGAAACAUAAGGCCAUAUCAUUGAAACAACUGUUAAAAACGUCUUAA